AAUAACAUGUGAAUGGGUGCCCUCGAGCACGUUUUUCUUGUAUGCUGUGUUCAUUGGUGAGUAACUGUUUUCAGGUUUAUGGUGACUUAUUGGGAUGCUUUGACUUUUUUGCAGCCAUCAAAAUGGACAUUCAGCUCUUAUACUAUUCUGAAGACUGCUGAACAGGCACCAAGAACCCCAUCACUUGUGGACCAGUUAUUAGAAGCCGAUAAUGGACUUGGUGAAGUGAUCAAACCACCUGAGAAAUCUUUCUGGGCUAAAUAUUGGAUGUACAUUAUUCCUCUUGGUCUCAUUGUCAUGAAUGCUGUUACGGCAGCAGCAAACAUACCAGAGGAACAAGCAGCAGGGCAGGGCCAACCUGGAGCACAACGAGCACCAGCUGCUGCUGCAAGGAGAAGAUGAUUGCUGUUAUGUUUUUUAA